AUGGCCGGACUGUUCACUUGGAAGUUCAUGCAGUAUCGCAACAGGUAUGUCUUUAAUGUGAUGGGCUACUGCGUGACCACUGCAAAAGGCGCUGCUGAAACCCUGAAGCUGAACAUGGCAAUUAUCCUCCUCCAAGUAUGCCGUAACACCAUUACUUGGUUGAGAAAUACAAGGGCUGCACGGGCAUUACCAUUUGAUGAUAAUAUAAACUUCCACAAGACUAUUGCAGCAGCAAUCGUUGUUGGUAUAAUCCUCCAUGCAGGGAACCACGUUGUGUGUGAUUUUCCACGGCUUAUACAUUCAUCAAAUGAGAAGUAUGCUCCUCCGGGCCAGUACUUCGGUGAAACAAAGCCAACAUACUUUACAUUGGUCAAAGGAGUGGAAGGCAUCACUGGUGUAAUUAUGGUUAUCUGUAUGAUUAUUGCUUUCACUUUAGCAACACAGUUAUUUUAUGUAUCAGUUUAA